UAAAAAUAGGUUUCUAGGCGUAGCUGGAACCAAAUUUCAAGUGCCUCAACUAUUCAAGAUUCCAAUCCCUUUACAUAUUGGGAGUUGAUCUUUAUCCCGUCUCCAUCAUAAAAAAAGAAGACAGAACAGAAAGAGUGAAGGCUGGGUUAAGCACAUAGAGAAACUUCUUCUUCAGGCUUAAGAUUUUUUGAACCGACUUAUCGAUCUCUUAUAAAAUCAUACCUGAGUUGAAAGAACCCAGAGUUUUUGUGUUUAAAGAUGAGUUACUACAAUCAACAGCAGCCUCCUGUUGGAGUUCCUCCUCCUCAAGGGUAUCCUCCAAAAGAUGCAUAUCCACCGCCUGGAUACCCAGCUGAAGGUUAUGCCUACCCGCCGCCUCCACAGUAUCAGUAUGCAGCGGCGCCACCGCCAAGGCAGCAGCAGGAAACCGGUUUUCUUGAAGGCUGCCUUGCAUGGCAUAAUAAAUAUGAAGUAAUUUAUAUUUGUGCAGUUUAGCAGCACUUUGCUGUUGUUGUCUUCUGGAUGCUUGCUUCUAAGGAGAAAGAAGAGGACAACGGUUGAUGGUUGAUCAUCCUCAUGGUUUAAUAUGUUUUUAGUAGAUCCAAUUCCGAUGUAUUAACAUGAACAUUUGUCUCCCUUUAACUAUGUCAGAACAUCUCAUUUUCUCAUUCAUGAAUUGUUUUGAUAUUUCUCAUUUAUAAUAACACUGUAAUGUGGGGAAAAGAAAAAGAAUGGGAACUUUGUUUCUAA